CGCGGCCCCUGCGCCUGCGCACUGGCUGCCAGGACGCGGCGAUGGCGGCUGCGGCGGUGGCGGCCCCCGAGGUCCUUCGGGAAUGCGGCUGCAAGGGUAUCCGGACCUGUUUGAUCUGCGAGCGGCAGCGCGGAGGUGACCCGCCCUGGCAGCACCCCCUGCAGAAAACACACCGGUUCAUUUACUACGCCGACACCGGCUGGGCUGUGGGGGCCGAGGAGUCCGACUUUGAAGGCUGGGCCUUCCCCUUCCCAGGCGUGACGCUGAUCGAGGACUUUGUGACCCCGGCGGAAGAAGCUGAGAUGGUACGGCUGAUGGACCGCGACCCCUGGAAGCUCUCACAGUCUGGACGGAGGAAGCAGACACUCCUUACUGAUCUCAGCGAGGCCCGGCCCCGCACAUCGGACUACGGCCCCAAAGUCAACUUUCGGAAACAGAAGCUGAAGACCGCCGGCUUCCGGGGCCUCCCCAGCUUCAGCCGGGAGGUGGUGCGGAGAAUGGGCCUCUACCCCAUCCUGGAGGACUUCCGGCCCGUGGAGCAGUGUAACCUGGACUACUGCCCGGAGCGGGGCUCGGCCAUCGACCCGCACCUGGACGACAGCUGGCUGUGGGGGGAGCGGCUGGUGAGCCUCAACCUGCUGGCCCCCACCGUGCUGUCCAUGUCCCGGGAGGCGCCCGGCAGCCUGCUGCUCUGCCUGGCCCCGUCCGGCCUCCCGCAGGCCCCGGCGGAAGGCGCACUGGCCCCCGGCAGGUCUGUCCCGUGCCGGGAGGUGGAGGUGGCGGUGCCCUUGCCCCGCCGCGCUCUGCUGGUGCUCACGCGAGCCGCGCGGCACCAGUGGAAGCACGCCAUCCACCGCAGGCACAUCGGGGCCCGCCGCGUGAGCGCCACCUUCAGGGAGCUGUCUGCCGAGUUUGGCCCCGGCGGGAGGCAGCGGGAACUGGGGCAGGAGCUCCUGCAAACCUCGCUCUCCUUUCAGGGGAGACCCACGUGAGCCGCCUGCCCGGGGACGGGAGCUGGCGCUGGGCCUGGCCGGGGGUGCUGGCUCCAGAGUGGACCAUUAGCCGGCACUGAAGGGGGCGCCCAGCCCGAGGGUCUUUCUCAGGUCUUAAGAGGAGACCGCUUGACACCCUGGUGCCCGGCAGCGCGAGCCCUGUCCGUGAGCUGGCUCGAUGGGAAGGGGCCUCAAGUCGGUCCCCUUUGACCUGCGCCGUGGCCACUUGCCUGGGUUGUUUAAUUUGUCACAGCUUGAGGGCAGUGGCAUACUUUGAGCUUAAAAAUCGUUGGUACCACUUCAGGUCAUUUUCUCCUUUAUCUGUCUCUCUUAACAAGGUUGCCCGAUGUCCCAGC